AUGGGGUUACUGUCUCUAGGAACUCCUCUAACCUGGGAGGAAGCAAAGCCUCAUGCGGAUCUGGUCCGCGAACGAGGAAUCGAGCAAUUGUUGAAUAUCUGGAAAAAGGCCAAGAGUAAGGAGAGAGAUAUCCUUCUUUGGGGCGACGAGGUAACUUCGAACUUCCUCUUCCUUCAUUUCCCAAUGUUCCUCACCGUGCCUCCUCGAGUGUUCCAACCUAGAACCUGCACAAACCUUGAGAGUGAAAACGAAUAG